UCGCGGGGGGCCUGGCUGGGCGCGGGGGCCCUUUGCCGUACAGCAUGGCGGCGCUGUGGCAGAGGCGGGAGCGUGUCCUGGGGGUGGCGGGGCUGUGCCGUACUGCACGGGGCCUCUCAGGAAAGAAUGAGUAUGAUCUUCUGGUAAUCGGUGGAGGCUCUGGAGGCCUUGCUUGUGCAAAAGAAGCUGCUCGGUUUGGAAGGAAAGUAGCUGUUUUGGAUUAUGUAGAACCUUCUCCACAAGGAACCAAAUGGGGACUUGGUGGAACUUGUGUGAAUGUUGGCUGCAUUCCUAAAAAGCUUAUGCAUCAAGCAGCCCUUUUAAGGAGUGCCCUUAAAGAUGCCCAGCACUAUGGCUGGAAUAUAGCCCAACCUGUUCAUCAUACAUGGUCUGUGAUGGCACAAGCUGUUCAGAAUUAUGUGAAAUCCUUGAACUGGGGACACAGAGUGCAACUACAAGACAAGAAGGUGAAAUAUUUCAACAUGAAAGGAAGAUUUUCUGAUCCGUAUACAGUCCGUGGUUUAACAAAAGCAGGUAAAGAGACUAUUGUUACUGCAGAAAAUAUUGUCAUUGCUACUGGAGGAAGACCAAAAUAUCCUACACAGGUUGCAGGCGCACUGGAGUACGGAAUUACAAGUGAUGAUCUAUUCUGGUUAAAAGAAUCUCCUGGAAAAACGUUGGUUGUUGGAGCGAGCUAUGUUUCACUUGAAUGUGCUGGUUUUCUAACGGGCAUUGGGUUGGACACAACAGUCAUGAUGAGAAGUAUCCCACUUCGUGGGUUUGAUCAGCAAAUGGCAUCUUUAGUAACGGAGCACAUGGAAUCUUAUGGCACAAAAUUUCUAAAGAGAUGUUUCCCGACAAAAGUUGAAAAAUUGGAGAGCAAUAGAUUGCAAGUCACCUGGAAAAAUACUGACCUGGGCACAGAAGAAACAGAUUCCUUUGACACGGUCAUGUGGGCAGUAGGCCGAGCCCCUGACACUGAGACUCUCAAUUUGAAGACAGUUGGAGUGAAAACUAAUUCUGAAACUGGAAAGAUCAUUGUUGAUGCCAGUGAAGCUACUUCUGUUCCUCACAUUUAUGCAGUUGGAGACAUAACAGAGGGCCGUCCUGAAUUAACACCCACAGCAAUAGCUGCAGGAAAACUGCUGGCUCAGCGUCUUUUUGGCCAGUCUUCAGAAUUGAUGGACUAUGACAAUGUACCUACUACAGUUUUCACUCCCUUGGAAUAUGGUUGUGUUGGACUGUCGGAAGAAGCAGCUGUGCAAUGUUAUGGAUCAGAUAAUAUUGAGGUAUACCAUGCAUAUUAUAAACCUUUAGAGUUUACAGUGGCUGAAAGAGAUGCAACUCAAUGCUAUAUGAAAAUGGUGUGCUUACGAGAGAGAGACCAACGAAUACUUGGCCUUCAUUUCAUUGGACCAAAUGCAGGCGAAGUUAUUCAAGGAUUUGCUCUUGGAAUCAAGUUCUAACUAAUUAGGAUAGCUAGGAACAGCGGCUAAAAAAAGGGAUGAGAACCAUUAACGAAGUUUGAGAGAAGGAAGAUGCAGCUUGGAGGUCAAACCUAUGAAAGCAAAGCCUCUUUGACAGACCAGGAGCUCUGAGUGAAUCUAAUUCUACCUUCAGAAACGGGGGAGCUGUGAGGGGACUAUGGGAAGAGAAGACAGUGCAACACCCUCUGAAAAGCUCCCAUUUUCUUCUCUGGGCCUCCUGCUCAGCUCUGGGCAUGCAUGAGGACCUCCAGUGUUUCUUUCCAGUGCAAUUUCAGCUGCUCCAGUGCAGGUAAUGAAACCAUCCAGAGAAGAGAGUUCCAAAGAAUCAUCUGAGAAGAUUCUUCGACAGUGCUGACAGAUGUUUUACUCAGUGGAGAUCUCUUCCUGGUAGCUGCUGCCCCUUUAUCCAAGGUACUGGUGAUGUGGAAGAGAAGUCUGCGGCUUUCUGCUGCAUGCCGAUUGACCGAGAGACGACCAUGGCAUGUGUUAGCAGUUCCUUGACAGGUUAAUGGGGUACGUGGACAGGAGACUUUUGCUUUAUCCCCUGAAGCCCUGACAAAUUGAGGUGUUGCCUGGCUCAGCUCCUAGGCAUGAGAUGAAGGACUAACUUGGACUUCUCUCCCGUGAUUUCCUGAUGCUCACUGGUGGAGAACAGACAUGAUUCAGUCCAGAAGACAUGAGAAGACAGGAUCUGGCUGUGUGCAUUGCUGAUCAGAAGACUUGCCAUAGGAAUGCAAAAAAAGUUUGCCUGCAAAAAAACUGAUUGUUGGCAUGGAAAAACCUCCAGUGAAGCCCUGUAAUUCUGAGGUGUAGUCAACUUCCCAAAUACAGGAGGCAACUGUCUUCUCUAAAGAAGCUCUCCUGCUGGACAGUAUCUGGAAAAUAAAGUGUGGCUGUGUUGCACUGACAGACGGGGGUCUGCUUAUUCCCGAACAAACCCUGAUUGGCAACAGUUGCCACAGAGGCAGGUGAGUUCAGGAAGCCGCUAACCCUGCGCUCAGCAGAGCUCCUGGCAAAGCAGUGCUGUACAAGCAGAGUGGCAGCACGCCCAACUGCCUAGCGCUCACUGCACCGAUCAGGCUUUGUAAUGAGCUACGGUGAAUCUCUCAAGUGGCACACCGAUGCGACGCCUGCUCGGUCCAAGCCCUGCCUGGCACCAGCGCCGCGGCCUUCCCCGCUGGCUCAGCCCCCGCCUCAGCUCCCCACUCCCCCAGGCCUUGUCCUUCGCGCGUUCCGGUGCUCCUCCCUGGCUCCACAAAGCGGUGGCAUGUUUCCCAGCGCCGCCUGGCCCUGCCUCCCCGUGAGGGCAGGGGCCUCCGGGUAAGGGAGCGGGUGGGCCCAGAGCGGCCGGGCGCGAAGCCCCUCGCCGCCGCAGGACCCGCAAAGCGGGGCCGCUUACCGGCAACUGCACUGCCUCCCGCCGCCCUGCGGGGGCCUCCCUUUGCGGCCAGAUCGCCCCGUGGGCACUGGGGGCUGGCGACGGCCCACCGGCGGCCGCGCCGGGCCUGGCUGGCCGCGAUGCGCAUGCGCGCCCCCUGCGCCACCCGUGACGUCCGCGGGCAUCACGCUGGCGCUCGGCGCUCCUCUGCGCCUGCCUGGCUCCCGGGAGGCAGCCUUAGGUACAGCGGAGGAUCGCCGAAUCAUCGCUGCCACGCUUCCUCACCAGGCGGAGCGGCGCUCGUUUGUUCUCAGAGGUACCAGUGCUGCAGUCUACACUCUGCACUUCUCCUGUGGAGGCCAAGAACCUGAUGUCCCCAUUCUUUUCUCUGGGUCUCAGAAUGGGUUUAUCCAUGUUUGGAACCUGAAAACACACAGAGUGGACACGACACUGGAUGGCCACGGAAGAAAAUCGGUCUACUGUGUGGAGACAAUGGGUGGUAAAAACAGGCUUCUCAGGUUCAGGUUCUGGAGCUGCCAUCCAAGACGUCAGUCUGUACCUUGAAGCCAGAGGUGGGUGCCAAGCUGGGCAUGCCCAUGUGUCUGAAGUUAUGGCAGUUUUUAAUUUUGUUGCCAGUAGGGAAAAAACUGGACUGGGAACUGGGAGAGGUAAAUUAUUCCAUGUAGAUUCUGGCUUUGGGAAGUCACCACAACUUCCUAGACUGCAACAGGUAAGGAGAAAUAAUCCCUUACAGUCUCACAGCUGUCUCUGCUCUUUUACAAAUGUGUGCAACUCGGUUUAAAAGCACAGGGGAGAAGGAUACUCUUAAGGGCAAAUAAUUAUAUGUGGCGUACCAAAGGGACGCUCUGCGUUCUAGUUUGCGGUUUCACUGGAAGUGGCUCACUGAGUAACCCUGUAACCAUAAAAGCAGGAACACAAGCUAACCCAGCUGCACCCCUUCCUGAAUAGAGGCCAUCCAGGAUUUCUUUGUACAUGACUCUGUUGGGCAAUAUCGACAUACCCAGGAGGUGAGCACUCCCCAUCGCUUAUGGGUAACGUGUUGCCUAAGAGACUAUUUGAUGUUGAUUAUGGCACAGUAAAUUAACAAGUUGAAACAGAAGCUGACAUGGCGAGAUGGUCUGAAGGAAGUAUGCUCAGGGUUGUUGUCCAACAAGACUUUGGGGGCUGCAGCCAUGUACUAUCAUAUUUUUAUGAAUGCCAAUAAAAAAAGAUCCACGUGGCAGGGAAACAAUGCACAUGAAUUAGAAACUUUACUAUAGCGCAGAAGGAAAUUGAGGCUUAGGUUAGGCUUGUCGAUUAAGCCCCACUGGCUUCGCCUAAGCAGUUGAAAAGCUUGCAGCUGUUUAUUUUGCUGUUUUGGAACUUUUUUCCCUCUCGUUUUACCAGAUCUGUCCUUAAAUGUUUUAGUUCAUUCAGUGGGGUUUUCCUUGUGAAGGUUCACAUUCUUAAUUGUCCCUUCAGCUUCACACCUUCCUGCUAUUACUAAUUGGGUGGAGUAGGAUUUGCAGGAGUUAAGGAUAGUCUUCCCUUACAUUUUUUGCACUCCUUGGGGAAGGCAUCACGUUGCGUAACGGUGCAAACAAAAUAAUUCAACAGGAAUAAUACAUGUAGAAACUGGAAAUGCAGAGUUACUACUUUAUAUAAACUAUAGCAAUUAUUCCUGUUGAGUUGACAGCAAAUCACCUUCUCUUCCUUCCUUGACAGUUAUCCAAAUGCAACAACAAAAUGUUCUGCUUAGGAAGAACAAUGAUUUAUAAUUUAAUUUUUCCACUGAAACAGAACAUGAAUGGUGAAGACUUUUAGCCAGGAGUGUCCGUUAUUAGGCACUGAAAUAAACAGGCCAUUGUGAACCACUGCUUGGUGAGCCCAGGCUGAGAGCUCCCCUGAUCUUUCAAUAGCUUUUAUUGUUUAAGAAUACGUACUUAUUAAAAUAUUACACUUCAUAUGGUUGGGGAAAGUCAGGAAGAAGUAGUGUGGGAGACCUUCAUUUCAUAGAACACAGUAUUUUGUUUUUAAAAUGGACCAAUGUUAACCUCACUUGCAAAUUACUGGGUUUCAAAUCUAAGCUAAGAUACCUACAGGAAAAAGAAAGGUUCUACUUGGUAUUUCCUGUAAUGCUGAGCACUCAUCUGUCUCUCCGACCUUAAUGAGGGUUAUGAGCACCUAGGAAAAUCUGGCCAUCCCAUUUGGAGUGAGGCAGAGGAGCCGACCCUGCCCAUCCACCUUGUCUUUCCCUGGCUAAUGGAAGCUAUGGCUCCUGUGGAGGAGUCCUGUGCUCUUAGAAGAGCAGUAGAAAUAAUUGUGGGGGGGUUUAAGAUGCCCAUUCUGGGGGCUUUUUUUAAGGUUAAUUGAAGUACCUAUGAAAUACUUUAUUUUGCUUUGAAAGUUUUACCCUUUGUUAAAUAUAAAUCAGAUCUGGAAUGUUCAUUUCAUUCAGAUUUUAACUUUUCCCCGGUAUUAAAAACCAGGUACUCUUCAUUCAAAAUACGUGGUAAGUUGACAUUAAUUCACGUAUAUUUGACACAUAUUCAUUGCUCUGAUGUUAUUUUAGCAGAUCAAAAAUUUGACAGAAAAAAAUGUGCACAGUUCUGGGCAUUAUGAGAGACCUUCUUUGCAGGCCUUUCUAGCCAGAGCAUGCUCCCUAUCUUAAAGCAAGGAAUGAGGCUCCUGCAGGAUCCCAGGUGUGCACAGACCUGUUCAGAAAGAUGAUGUAGGGGAUUUCCCCUUUGGUUUCCUUCUUAUAAGGGACAAUUUUCUUCUCUGCUCAGUGAGAUCCGUUCCUCGUUCAAGCAAUUCUCUAGGCUGAAUAAAUCUGAGAAAGAGCAUGAGGCUUUUACUCAGCAGUCUAAUAAGACUUAGACCACCCAUCUCUUGUUAGUUUAACUCCCCCUAGAAUAAAUAACAACCAGUGGGAGAAUAGUCUGGGCCAUUUAAUAGAGGCAGGGAGCCUUUGGCCACUGCAGGCUUGUAUCAUGACAUUGACGGCCAGCAAGUUGGAAGAAUGUCAUUCAAUAACAUGAUACCAGUAAAAAUUAAUUCUUUAUAAAUGUCCUUUACCUUUAUUUGGAUUGAAUGUCAAGGAAACAAAUCCUGUAGGAUCAGAUGGCGUUUGGAAAGAGCUGAAUAACCUACCAGAUACUUUUCUUAGGUGUGCCUGCAUGAGGUGGUUGUAACCCCAGUGUCUUAUUUUGGUGUUUCUUCUAUUAAAGAAAUAACUGGCAUUAACAGAUGCCUGUUUUUUAGUUGCUUUUCAUUAGGGAUUUGCAUCUUCACUCACAUAAGCAGUUACUGCUUAUGGGGUCAUUAGUCUUUUGGCUGGAGCAAUGAUGAAUACUUUCCUUAAGUGUGACAUGUAAUCCAGUAAUGUUCCCUUCUUUGAGUUAUUUCAGAGGCUUAAAUAAAUUAGGUGUCUGCCCAGGGUGCCAUGCCCUUUGGCCUGUGACAUCAUUAAUCAAAAUAGCUUUCAAUUGGCUACAGUGGGGCUCAGGC